CCUGCCGGCCGUCGCCAUGGGAACACAGGCGCCAUGAGCCGCACGGUGACCGGCGCGGUGCGGGCCCCGCUCCCCGGGGCCGGCCGCCGCCAAAUGGCUCCCGGCCGGACCUUCGACUGCCUCUGCGAGCCUCUGUACACACUAUCAAGUGAGAAGGACCAUUCAAAGUCAAAUGUCCAAGUUCAACUUGUCGGUGAUAGAAUGGUGAAGGCACCAAUGUUAAGAAGCAUGUUUAGUACCUUGGUCCAUUUCCCAGGCUAUAGUCUGCUCUUGGAGGGCAAAGAUCCAGUGCCUCCAUUUAUCAACCGAAGAUGGAGUGGGAGGGCUCAGCAUUGCCUGGAGGCUCUUCAGCAGCUUGCUGUAGCUCAGUCUUCUCUUCAAAUACCUCAAAUCGUGUAUGAAGAUCCUGAAGUUAGUGGAAGGAAUCGCUACAAAUAUUUUGCUCGACCUCUCAUCCCUCAUAAUAAGCUGCUUCCACUAGAUGUUGCUUACGCAAUGGCAAAGACAGAGCCUGAUGUCCAUUCAGCCUUAAGAGACAGCAAUGUCUUUGGUCCCAAGUUACGAACUUUGGGCACACAGACAGAUUACAGGGACGGUGAAGCCCAGACUGAUCCCUAUUCCCCUGAGUAUGUAGUGCCCCAUGGCUCAAUCCCUGAACUUCUGACACUUGCUACUCUCACUUGGGGUCGGGAGCUGCCAGCAGGACUAGCUGAGGUGGAGAUGAUUGAACGUGCCCGGGAAAAACGUGCAUGGGAAGCAACUCUUCCAGCCAUGGACGAUACCUCGCAAAUCGCGAAGAGGAGGAAAAUGAUGGACGAUAUGGAGAGGAAGGAGUGGGCCUUUAGAGAACAGGAAAUAGAAAAGUUGCAGGAGGUUCGUCUGGAAGUCUUAAAGAAGCUGCUGUGGAGGCGAGUGGAGAAUCAGAAUGAGCUGGAUGCCAAGCGCUUGGAUGAUCACUGGCAAAAUCAUCAGAAGGCUAAAGAAGAGAAAAUAAAAAAGAUUCAGCAUGACUGUGCGCUAAUGCUCAGGAAACUGAUAGCUAAGAGGAAGAAUGUGAUGGGGAAGCUGGAGAGAAGAGAUAUCAUCAAGGAGUAUACUGACUUUGCAUCACAAACAUACGCUCCUUUGUCUAGAAUUGGUUAUUUCCCAGACAACCAUUCUGAACGCUACGUGGUAAAAAGCUUCUAUCUUGACACCUUUGCAGGACUGUGUGAAUUGGAAGCAUCUCUCCCAGAGUCUGUCACCCAGGUCGAGAUUAAAGCUCCAACACCUAAGUACGCUACCACUAAGACUGGAUUUAUUAAAAGAGCAGCAAGGCUAGAGGUGGAGCUGGCACAAAUUCACCAGGCACUACUGGAAAAGAAGAAUAAAGUCAAGGAGCCAAAGAAGCCCCUCCGUUUGCUUGAAAAAGUAGAAAAGCCUGUUCCUCGGCCACCCACUCCAAUCCUGGAAAAACCAUCAAUUGAGGAAGAGGAGAGAGAACUGGCAGUUAUCUAUCUGCAGAAGUUGCUCCGAGGCAGGGCUAUUCAGAACAUGAUGUUUGAAGGGAAGGAGAAGCGGCUGGAACUGAUCCAAGAGCUGCACAUCACUCACGCGCUCCAGGAGGACAGACAGCUGCUUCUGAAGGCAGAGGAGCAAAUGACACUGGCCCUACGGCAACAGUACACCUUGCAAAUGCACAAGCUAUCAUCGGUGGAAAAAGACUUGGCCAGGGAAGAAGGAAGGGUACUGGCGAACAUGUUUGAUUUCCUGUCCAAAGAACUGUUGAGGCUGCAAGAAGAGCGGAAGAUCCACGCUUUUGUGAUGCUGGCCGAGAGGCAGAGGCGGAUGAGGGAAGCGGAGGAGAGCGGCCGGCGUCAGGUGGAAGAGAGGCGGCGGAAGGAAGAAGACCAGAUUUUCAGACAGGUGGUGAAAAUGCACCAGAGCACUAUUGACUCCUACUUGGAAGACAUUAUCCUGAGUAGCAUGGAGAACACAGCUGAGGAGCAAGCCAGGGAGGAGGUUCAGAGAAUGGCUGUAGAAAUCAAUGACAUUGCUUAUGAAAUGGAAAGUCGUCGAACUCGCCUACAGUCAGAAGAGAUUGUGGCAGAGCUGGUUUAUAGUUUCCUGAUUCCAGAAGCUGAGAAAAUGUCUAUGAGAGAAAAAGUGAGGCAGUCCCAAAGAAAACACAUCUAUGCUGCUUAUCACAUCAUCCACGGGGACACGGAGAGGGUAGUGGCUGAUCUGGCACUACAUCGGGAGACAUCUGCCAGCAAGACAAAGGGAGAUCCUCCUGCUGGGACAGCUUUGAGUGGGACAGCUGCUGGGCCAAGUGCAGCUGACAGCACUCCCUCUGCCCCAGCCCCACGCCAACUAGCUCAAGUGUGUGAAGAAAGCCCGGGAGAGACAGCAGAGAAACCUUCUGAUGGAUCAGACAAGGAUCCUGCAGCCUCCUAAAAGACAGGAGAUGAGCCAGGGCACCCAGAAUGGAAAAUGCUCUCUCUUUCUCUUUCCCUCCUGCUGCCUGCCAGCAAUGUUGUCCUGGAACCACUCUGUACACAAUUCGGUGUGGCAGGCCCAGUCCAGCCCUCUCCCUAAAAACCUUUGGACCUCAUUAGCUAAUUUUCCUCUUCUAAUUAUUGAGAAGCUUGAAUGAGAAAGCAGUCAGCAUUCCUUGUUUGUUUUCUUGGCACAGACCAAUAAAGACCUGCACCUGGGCUUUUGAUGGCAUUUCCUUGCAUCAGUAACGUUACAUGAAAAAAAUGUUCCGGCAGAGGGAGAUUUUGGGUUGAGACCAUACACAGUCUUUUCUCAAGCAUGUCCCACUGAUUUCCUUAGUGGAAUAAAGCAGAGUGGCUUCCUGCAUUA